GGGGAGAGGAAAUGGAUGAGGAUGGGAGAGGAGAGGAGAGUGAAGAUGAAGAUGAGUGGGAUGAGCACGGGGUGCUGGGGGGUUGUGAUGAGGACGACGACGACGUCGGUGAGUGUGGUGGCGGUGGACCUCCGCCCUCUGGAGGAGUCCAGGAGGCGGUGUUGGCUUGAACUUUGGGUUUUCGUUUGUUUUUAAAUUGAACAUGAAUAAUUGAGG